UUCCUUCCCUCCCUUCCUCCCUCUCUCCCUCCCUCCUAGCUCCUGCACCAGGAAACGGCCCCGGAUCCCAGCAGCGGCCUGACCCGGCUCCACGCUGGCCAGGAGGAUGAAAGGCCUCAGCUGGGGGCUCCUUGCCACCAGCGCUGGGUCCUAAGAGCUGCCGUCCAGGCUGGCCGCCCGGAUGGCGACCCCAGCCUCAGCCCCAGACACACGGGCUCUAGUGGCAGACUUUGUAGGCUACAAGCUGAGGCAGAAGGGUUAUGUUUGUGGAGCCGGCCCUGGGGAGGGCCCAGCAGCUGACCCGCUGCACCAAGCUAUGCGGGCGGCUGGAGAUGAGUUUGAGACCCGCUUUCGGCGCACCUUCUCUGAUCUGGCAGCCCAGCUCCAUGUGACCCCUGGCUCAGCCCAGCAACGCUUCACCCAAGUCUCUGAUGAACUCUUCCAAGGGGGCCCUAACUGGGGCCGCCUUGUGGCCUUCUUUGUCUUUGGAGCUGCGCUGUGUGCUGAGAGUGUCAACAAGGAGAUGGAACCACUUGUGGGACAAGUGCAGGAGUGGAUGGUGGCCUACCUGGAGACGCGGCUGGCCGACUGGAUCCACAGCAGUGGGGGCUGGGCGGAGUUCACAGCUCUAUACGGGGACGGGGCCCUGGAGGAGGCUCGGCGUCUGCGGGAGGGGAACUGGGCCUCAGUGAGGACAGUGCUGACAGGGGCCGUGGCACUGGGGGCCCUGGUAACUGUAGGGGCCUUUUUUGCUAGCAAGUGAGAAAGUCCAGAGCCAGGUGGGGCCUAGGUUGUAGCUGGCGGACAUGAGACCAGAAACAGAACAGAGAAAUGCCUUUGGAAGAAGUGGGGUGAAUGGAUGGGCGUGGGACGGGAUGGGUUAGGGGAUAGGGAAGUGUAUGAGAGAACUGGGUGUGCCAGGCAGGCAGUUGGAAGCACUAGAUGGAGACUUUGGGGAAUGUAUUUGGAAAGUGGGCAGGGGCAGGAGAUGGAGUCAUUCCAGGGUUGGGGGAGGUGGGAGGGUCAUGCCUGUAGGUAGGAGGCACCUUGAUUUGCAGCCCUGAGGAAGGCCGAGCCAAGGGUUCGUGUCUCCGUUGGAUGAGUGGGAUUUGGGGAAAACACAGAAGGCACAUCCCCUUGGAAUGGAAGCUCAGGGUUCUCCUAGGAAGAGUGGCUGUGAGACUGGGCUGCUUGGACACAUGUCUGCAUGUGCACGCGUGCCCUCUGCAUGCUGGCUGCUUGUCUGACCUGGUGGUGGUGGGUUCUUCAAGGAGUAAACAUUCCCUCUUGCGGUGGCAAGAACAAGGGGCAGUUCUCUGCCCUUCCGUCCCAUCCUCCCUUCCCCCCCACCCCGUACUUUCCCCUCCCUUCCCAUACUCGCCUCCUCCCUCCCCUCCAUUCCCUCAUUCUCCCCACUACCCCCCCCCCAUCCUCCACCUUCCUUUAUCUCCCACUAUGCUUCAAGGCUAAGUGAGAAACACUGUAUCUGGACAGAAGGCUCUGGGCCCUUUUUUGCAGAGUUGUUAGCAGGGCUUGGAGAGAAAGCAGUUCUAUAGCUGGCCUUGUUCCUUCAUCAUCCCCUUCCCUGUGCAUCACGCACUUGCUGCUGCCUCCUGGGCUCUGACUGAAAGGCAGGGCUGCGGAGCCUGUGGUGGGUAGAGGCUUCGGGAGCUGGACCUGCCUGCCGCCCUCCUCUCCCACUGGGGCACACUGGUGCCUAAAGUGUUCCCUAUCUCUGGGACCUUCUAUACCCAAAUGUAAACUCUAAAUUGGGGCUCUAAUUUUCCUUUGGAGUGUGUGGACUUCAAUGCUGAUCUAGAAUAGUCUGGGUCCUGCACUGUGCCUCAGUGAGACUGUUGAAGCUUUGAGAGGAACAUUCCAGCUCUGAACCCAUGGGUGUGCGGGUGACAUGUGACUGGCCUAUUCUGUGCUGUGGGCUUGGUGCUGCUUUAUCAAGGGCCAGGUGGAUGGGUUCUAGAGCACCUCCCAUGCCCUAUAGAAGCAUUUAUAUUUUCUCUGAAGCCACGCUCUUUGCAUGGGUGUUACUUGUCUGUACUCAGAGUCUGAGGAUGUUAACUUUAGAGCUCACGGUCCUCUAGAACAGAUUCAGAUUAUAGCCUUUUCUUUUGAGAAAGAAAUGACUUCACUCCAGAUGCACGCCCUGAGCCAGACCUCACUGCUGCACUUUCCACGGUGCUAAAAUUGCUGCUCUCCAAUGCUGACUUCAGACAGAGUGCUCUAGAACCCUGCCCUUGAUCGUGAGCACUGAUGAGCUUAGCUAGACCAUGGUUGACUCUUAGAGAUUGUCACUUGGUCCCAGAAUGUGGCAACCUAGUUGUACUCACUAGAUUGUGGGACCAAAAUUGGCCUCAGGUGUUCAGCCCAGACUUUUACUUUUGAGAGAGAGGGCUGCACUCUUUAGUGGUAUUUAUAGGGGAGGUAGUAGACUGCAUGCGCCACGUGGUCUGUCAUGAGUAUGCUGAUUCCAGAAACUCAGAGCUGGUCUGUGGCAAGCAGUUGGGGAGGGGGGGCCUCUGACUUGCUCAGGACGAACUAGGCCAGUGGUUUUCAAACUGCUUGGCAGAACCCUGAAGUUCCCCAGGGCUUGCCUCAGGAGUCCUUGUGGAAGAGGGAGGGAGGGGCGCUGUGGGCGGGGCUACUUGCUUGCCCUCAACCAGAACAGUUCCCCCUCAUAGCUGUCUUACAUGUCGGGGUUCAGGGUAAGAUUUUAUUUGCGUUAAGGGGGGUUGCUGCUGAAAAAAGUUGGAAAACCACUGACUAGACCAUGAGCUCCAAAUUGGAGCCCGUGAGCCCCGAGGUUCGGGACAGACCCUCCACCGGCCCUCUACCACAGAAUGCCUAUGCUGGAUAGCUCUCCUGGGGGUGUUUGUGAAUCAGGGCAGCAGGGACCGUGGUCAGGUCACUAAAAUGCCCUGCUCGGAGGCCUGCACACCUGGGUGGGAAGAGAGACUAUUUUCUGAAAGGGUAAAGGGCUUAGUUUGGAUUCCCAGAAGCGUAGCUUGGAUGGGACCACAGCGGGCAGUUUUGACCUGUCUUGCCCUUCUUACCUUGAGGGGCAAUGGAAACCCCAGAGACUCUUCUGUCAGGGAAAACUAGAGACUCUCUUCUAGAGCCAUAUAGUUCCUUGGGAUUAACUCUUGGCCAAGAAGGCUGAGUAUGGCUCCCAAUUUUUAAAUCAUUUUUUUUUUAAAUAAGGGAAAUAAUCUAAUUGCCAUUUUUCAGAGAUUAAAUAGGUGAAGAGGGUGUUUGUUGCUCUCCAGAGCCCCAAGGGACAAAUAGGACUUUGCUUAGGCCAAGGAAGGAGCAGAAGUAGGGCAACUAGGUCCUGCAAUUAUUAAUUCCACUUCCCAUUUAUUCUAGGGCAUACACUAUUUUACUUUUUUAAAUCAUAAAAUGGCGGGAGAACAGAUUUGGUUAGUUUAGAAGAAAAGAAAAAGCUCUAUAAAUAUAAAUAUAUAUUCCUGUAUUUUUAUUUAAUAAUUUAUAAAUACCAAGUUCAUUUGACUUUUAUUUUUGUGUAAUAUGUAAUGGUCGUAUUAAUAAAAUAAAAUAAAGCCCAGAAGUUUAAUGAGAAGGACUGAGCAGGGUUUGUGACUUCUACACUGAAUAGUCCGGGGUCCAGGGCAUUUCUUGAGCCGCUCUCUUCAUGACCUUGUUAAGGGCAAGAACUAGGGUAAUUGGAAUUUGUGAAAGUGUGGAGAAUUAAAAAGAAGAAAAAAAAAAAGCUGCUGCUUAUCUCCCCACCCUGACUAAAUGCCCAAAGCCAAGAACUCCAUCUAUGCCAACCCAAGCCUUAAGAGGGUAUGCAUAUAUGCUAUUUUGGGGUGGCCAAAAACAAAGACAACCUACCAAAAAUCUGUGUGGUGGUAGUUAAGUCCCCAACUAUGGUUCAGCCACUAAUUGGAAAUGUGUGAUAAACAGCAUUCUUCCCCAAUACCCUGCUGACCACUUUAGGCAAAAAUGAAGCCCCUGCUUUCUUUUCUGGUGCCUUGAGAGAGUUGGUUUCAGCCAUUUUAAUGUAAACUGCUAAACUGGAUGAAAUCUAUAGAAAUUAUUCUAUCCCUCCUCUGUAUUUCUAGUUUAGGACCUCAUCAGAAUCCUGCCUGACAGAAAUAGUGUUUGUAAUUUUAAAUUUCUAGCAAAAAUCUUUGUAUAAUCCAAUGCAAUGAAAAGGUAUUUGGGUUUAUAUGUUAAUUUAUAGUGAAAAACAUUCUGCCUAGAGGAAUCUAGUGUUGCAUUCCAUUCUCUACGUAGAAAAAUCUAUAGGGCAAACCAUAUUAAAAUAGACAUUAAGGGAAAGAGAAUUAGAUGCACCAAAGAGUUAAUAUCAGGCUAUGAUGUAGCUAAUGCAUUCAUCUCUGCUGCAUUGUGAUUGAUUGAAUGAUUGAUUGGUUUAUUUUUGCCAAGUUCCAAAAAAACAACAUCUGCAACAUCUUACUGUAAUACACACAAAAUAAUAGGAAAAGGUUGAAUUUUAAAGUCAGGGGAUGAAGGACAAAUUGAAAUGUUACAAUAAGAUAACAGCAAAGGGACAAUUAUUAAUACACAGAAAUGUAUUCUAUAAGCAGUAUUCUCAAAUGCUAAAGCUAGGCUAUGAAUUUAACUGAGACUGAGCAGCUAAAACAAACUGGAAAACAUAGAAUUACAUUCCUCUUGGGAGAUACUAGAAAUGCUAUUGUUUCUCAAGGUGGGCAAAAGUUUUCUACGGAGAAGACACUGAAUAACGCAGGUUAUACCCAACAGCAAAUAUGAUGUUGAGUUCUGCAUCACUGUUUCUUAUAGAAACACUAAGUGGGGCUCUGGUGGGUUCUAAGCUUGUUCUCUUAGACUCAUCAGUUUCCCUAAAUAUGCUCUAUGUUGCGAUAGACUAACACAGGCCUAAAUUUGAGACGUAAGUGGACAGACUAAGCAGAGAGUUUGCCCGCCAGACAAUUCGCUAUGAAUGUUGUAACUUUAAAUGGCAUCUUUUUGAUAAAAGUUGAUCAACAUUUAGUUAAAAUUUCUAGCAAAAGGGAUAUUUUUACUUAGGAUAAGGUGAAGAGCCUUUGAAAACUUUACAAGUUGCCUUAAAAGUGGAUAUAGGAGAUGUCUGUAUCUAAAUGUAGAUCUAUAUAUUUCUAUAUGGAUGCAGACAUGUAAAUAAGUUAACAGUAUUUAAAAAUAUACCAGAAAACAACACAAUGGAGUUCUAUGUAGUUCUUUAUUCAUUUACCCAUUCAUUCAUGCAGCAAACAUUCAAACCUCUUCCUGUGUGCUAAAUGGAAGAAUAGGGAAGCAAUGAAAUAGAGAAACAGACACAGAAUUAGUCCCUGGUCUUAUUUCCAUCUAGUAAGGGAAACAAACAAGUAAAUCAAUUUCACAAAAUAUCAACAUAAUUUUAUGUUACAAAGUGACAAAUGCUGUGAAGAAAAAUAAUUCAUUAGGGUGGAAUUGGGAACAUGUAUGUAUAGAUUUCAAUACUAAAUAGAAGUCAUUUCUAAAGUGACUUGAGUUAGUCUCAAAAAAAAUGGAAAAAAAGAUUUUUACUGAUAUGGAAAAGAUGUUUUUGUCUUAUGGGAGUAAAAAAAUACACUAGAAAAUAAUACACAGUAUGGUUUCAUUUUGCACAUGCACACACGCCUCUAUAUAAGAAGGGUGUGUAUGCCAAAAUAUCAGUGAUUAUCUCUGGGUGGUAGACUUUAUUUUCUUUUUUGAUGUUUGUGUUUUCUAACUUUUUUUUUUUUAAUAAAAAAAUAUAUCUGGAGCAGUUCAAAAAAACUUAGCCAUGCAGAAUGGAAAUUAAGCAGCCCAAUCAAGUCCUUUUCCUUCUCAUUUAAAUGUUCACCCACUUCCACUCAAGGCUAGGGAGUUAAGAUGGACUGGGCCACUUGGCCUUAGAAGAUAACUGAGGUCAGCUCCAAAAUAGAGGUAAGUAGUCAAGGUUCCAUGAUGAUCAACUCUGUCCUGUAGAAAUAUAGUAACAAACCUCAUCUGCAGUUUUACAUUUUCUGAUAAGUUUCAUUAAGGUGGCAAAAAGAAACAGGUAGAAGCAAUUUAAAUGGCAUUUUAACUCAAUAUAUAAAAACUAUUAUUUUGACCGACAAUUAAUAGAUUUUACAGUCUCUUUAGCACUAAGUUCUGCCUUUUUGACACUUUAAGCACAUCUCAUUUACUUUCAAGUCUUAUGUGACUAGUGUCUACCAUAGUAAACAGUGUAGCUCUAGGUUAUAGAGAAUUAAUUGUAUGUAGCCUGUAAACAUUUCAAAGUAGGAGGUACAAUAAGUAUGAAACUGCCAAGAAGCCAAGCAUUUAGGGUCUCUAAUAAGGAAACUACCUCUUUUGAACAGAACUGGAGAUGCCCUGGUUUAAUUCUCCUUUUCUCAAUUUCACUGACCAAUUACUUCCAUGAACAGAUAUUUCUUUCUUGUACGGCACAAUAUUAUUGCGUUUCAGUUUGCCCAAAAUUCCAUGACCUUGAUAGGUUGAAGGAAAAUUACAUUCAUAAUGGAUGAAUGUCAUGCCACUACAUACUUUUUUUUUUAAAACCAACUAAUUCUUUGGUGUUCUCUUUGCACCAAGAAUAGGCAAAUAGGUUAUUAUAUGCUGCCUUAGUUAGACUGUAUUGAGUACACAGUGACAGCAAUGGGAGUAUAUAUAUAAAAUGGUGCCCCGCCAUUACAGUUUACAGUCCCAUUUGGCAUUAUCUUUACAAGUCACCAGUAAUGUUUAGAUAUUUGUAGAAAUAAUUUUAUGUCUUAUAGAGUAAGCUUGGAAGUUGGGAGUGUUUAUUUUAAAUAAAAACAAUGAUAUGGGAAAAUCACAGAACAUAGAAGAUUUUAAAGAACAGCAAGCAAUCCUACUACCCAGAGAAAACCACCAUUAACAUUUUGGCAUAUUUCUUCCCACCUUUUAUCUAUGUUUGUAUUUUAUGAUCAUACAGUAUAUAAAGCUUUGUAUACUGCUACCUACCAUUCUAUUGCAAGCAUUUUUCCUUGUCAUUAAAAAUGUUUUGAAGGCAUAUUGAGUAUAUAAAGUUACAUCUGUGUGUGUACAAUAAUUUCUUGAAAGUGCCCACGAGGACAUUCAAGUUGUUUACAUAUUUUCACUUUGAAGAACACCUUUAUUUCAAUUGUGUGCCAUUUUUUAGGUUAUUUCUUUAGAACAAAAUA